AUGGAGUCCUCUGUGCUUCUCAACAAAGGGUGUACGCCCUGGCAGGGGUUUUUGAUCACAGCCUCCCUUUUAGCCCUCUGGCACCUGUCCAUCACUGCCUCUGUGACCAUUGAAUCAGUGCCACCCCUGAUGGCCGAAGGAGAUAACACUCUUUUUCUUGUCGACAAUCUGCCGGAGAAGACUGUAACCUUAGUCUGGUUCAAAGGGCUAACAAAUAUGAAAGCUGUGAUUGCAAUAUAUGGACGGCACAUCAAUUUAAGUGCAUCUGGGCCUUUGCACAGUGGUAGAGAGACAAUAUAUUACAACGGAUCCCUGCUGAUUAAAAAUGUUACCCAGAAAGACACAGGAUUCUAUACCCUACGAAGCUAUGAUAAGUAUUUAAACAUCAUAUCAACAACAUUCACAUACAUCCAUGUUCACGAUUUCCUUUGGAACUGUGGGCGCCAUGCUACCUCUGCCCAGCCCACUAUUGAAUCUGUGCCACCUAUUGCUGUUGAAGGGGGAAGUGUUCAUCUACUGAUUCACAAUCUCCCAGAGAGUCUUCAAGGCUUUGCCUGGUUCAAAGGAAUGUCUGUGUUCAGGGACCAUGAGAUUGCCCGAAUCACAACAGACAUGAAUUCAAGUGUGGUGGGGCCUGCAUACAGUGGUAGAGAGACAUUGCACAGUGAUGGAUCCCUGAUGCUUCACAAUGUCACUCAGAAUGAUGCUGGAUUGUACACCCUACGAAUUAUGAGUACAGAUCUGAAAAGUGAAGAAGCACAUGUACAACUCCACGUGAACAGCUCCCUUUCUCCAUGCUGUAACCCUCUCACCUCUUCCCAGCUCAUGAUCCAACCAGUGCCUCUGUAUGCUGAUGAAGGGGAAAGUGUUCUUCUCCAAGUUCACAAUCUUCCAGAAGAUCUACAGGCCUUUACCUGGUACAGGGCAAUAUAUAGAGUCCCAUAUUUUGAAAUUGUCAAAUGCAGCAGAGUCCUGAAUACCACCACCUGGGGGAAUCAGUACAGCAGAAGAGAGACUGUGUACCCCAACGGAUCCCUGCUGCUCCAGGACAUCGCUGAGAAAGAUGCAGGAAUGUACACACUAGAAAUUUUGAAAAGUGACUUCAAAACUGAAAAAGCUUAUGUGCAAUUCCAUGUGAACAAGUUUGUUGAACAACCCUUCGUGCAAAUCACUAAUGGCAAAGUCUCAUCACAGAGAUCUGUGAUCUUCACCUGUGUUUCACCUGACACUGAUAUCUCCAUCCGCUGGAUCUUCAAUAACCAGAGUCUUCAGCUCACAGAGAGGAUGACUCUGUCUCCAACAAAGUGUGGACUCAGAAUAUAUCCUGUACAGGUGGAGAAUUUUGGAGAGUAUAGGUGUGAGGUCUCUAACCGAGUCAGUUCAAAGACCAGUCUUCCAAUCUUGUUUCAGGAUAAAUGA